AUGGAAUCCCACCUCGAAGCUCCUCCGAGGCAAGACUCACGAAUCAUAAUCCACUUCGACUACGACUGUUUCUACGCCUCAGUCUUUGAAGUUGCCCGCCCCGAAUUGAAGAGUCUUCCCCUGGGAAUCCAACAGAAACAAAUCCUCGUCACGUGCAAUUAUGAAGCCCGACGACGAGGUUUGCAUAAAUUGCAACUUGUUACUGAUGCGAGGAGGAUUUGUCCUGAAGUGGUGAUUGAAUUGGGGGAGGAUAUUGGUCGGUUUCGGGAUGCGAGUAAGGAGUUGUGGGGGUUUAUUAGAAGGUUCUCUUGGAGUGGGAAGGUGGAGCGGUUGGGGUUUGAUGAGGUAUUCAUGGAUGUCAGCGAUAUUGUGGAAUACAAUCAAGACCUCUUGAAUCGACACCAUCUUUCCCAUUCUUUCUUUCACACAUCCCGAGAAGAUCCCACGGCUGGAUUCGAAUUCGAUGCGAAUGUCAUCGCAGGCCAUACGUACCCCAAAGAUUAUGUCUACGAUGCAGCUGCAGAAGAAGAAGAUCUCGACGACCUCACGCUACGCCUCCGUCUUGGUAGCCAUCUGGCACUACACAUCAGACACCAGCUAGAGGAGCAGAAAGGAUACACAUGUACGGUUGGAAUUGCCACGGAUAAGCUCUUGUCCAAACUUGCAGGCAAUCUCAACAAACCAAAAGGCCAGACUACUGUCAUGCCGCCUUUGACGACUUUUCAAAAAGGUCGCCAGAGUAACGUGACGACUUUCAUAGACAGCCACGACAUCGGCAAGAUUCCUGGAAUAGGUUUCAAACUCGCCUUGAAGCUUCGCGAAUUCCAUCUCAAGCGUCCAGCAGAAUUCGACAAGGGCUUGGUAUAUGGCGGAACAAAAGACAAAGUCACAGUAGCAGACAUUCGAAACMACCCAGAUGUCAAUGCAGAAAUGCUCGAACGUUUACUCGCUGGUCCUGGCUCCCCGCAUGGUAUUGGGGAAAAGAUUUGGCGUUUGCUACACGGUGUGGACUAUACUGAAGUCAGCGAGGCAAGAGCUGUUCCUCGACAGAUCAGCAUCGAGGACUCGUACAUCCGACUCGAUACAAUGCCCGAAGUCAUCAAACAGCUCACAACGCUAGCACAGAGUCUCAUAACGCGCAUGCGACUCGAUCUUCUCGGUUCGGAAGACGAUGAUUUCUCAGACUCGGACAACAAGGAAGAAAAGCCACUUCCAACCCCCAUCACACUCAGCGGUAGUAAAAAAUGGCUCGCACAUCCCAAAACCCUCCGCUUAACAACCAGACCCCGCCAACCUCUCCAACCAAACGGCUCUCGCGUCCGCUCAUUCAAACGCAUCUCUCAUUCAGCUCCUUUACCAAGUUUCAUCUUCAAUCUCACAGAACGAGUGGAUGUUUUGGCGGAUAAACUCGUGAAAGAGUCGCUUUUGACCAUGUUCCGCAAACUCCACCCGGGGAAAUCCGGCUGGAAUCUCAGUCUUGUUAAUCUCGCUGUUAUGAAUAUGGCGGAGACGGCGGGGGAUAGUAAGAGUGCUAGUGGGAGGGAUAUUAAAGGCAUGUUUAAUCGGCAGGAAGACGUGCUUAGGGACUUUCGGGUUGUGGAGCCGCUGAUCAAGGAGCCGCUGAUCGAGAAGGAGCUGAUCGAGAAGGAGGAGGAGACAUUACUGGACAAUCACAUAGCGUCCUCCUCCGCGACUGUAGGAAAUGACAUGGCAGACGCGGAGGAUGAGGAUGAGGAGGAGAUUGGUUGGGAUGAUGGAGAUGGAGAGGAGAAUCUUUUGCAUCGCUGUGGGGUUUGUGGAUUAUCUCUGCCGGGUUUCGCUGUGGAUGCUCAUGCUCGCUUCCAUAUCCAGUAA